AUGCCUGCAUCCCACCAAGCGGGAGCGCAAACAGCUGUAACCGUCGAGCAGGAGCACGCCAAGGCCGCCAUCAUGCCGGGGCCUCGAGGCAGCAAACGCGCUCUUGCGAUGGUCUGCGGCGCAGGCUGGAGCCCCGCGACUGAGCCGAAGAAGCUGCGGCCCGGCAGCAGCCACGCCGAAGCGCCGCAGCACAAUGUGCGAUGUGCGGGCCCGGCGGUCCAGUUAGACGCGAAGGCUGCUUCCAAGACGGCAGCCUCGGGUCACGAGGGACCGAACGUGCCGCUUGCGACGCCGCCGCGCCGUCCUUUGGCACCACCGCCAAACGGCCCUUGCUCCUCCGCGACACGCGCCGCAGAGACGCGCUUGUCGCCGCCAAAGCAACAGCAGCAGCAGUGGCAGCGAGACUUAACGUCGGCACUUUUUGACGGUAAUUUACAGUUAAGACUCACCAUCUGGUCUGAAUAG